UACCUUUGAAUAUGUCAUAAGUGAUUUGAUUAGCUUAUUCUUUGGUAACUAUUUUGUGAAGCAAAUCGAGAGGGGUGAUGAAUGAGUUAACGUCUGACUUGGGAUCAGCCUUUCCUACCCGAAUCCAAAACCAAAAACAUGACAAAAACUGUUGAAACUGGCCCUGGACCAGCUGUUGGGCAGAGAGAAUCCGCCUACAGAACUUUAUCGGCUACGCAGUCAUAUUCAUCGAAAGCCUACACACAGAAGAACUACAAGAUGGCGCAGGCUAUAUUUGAAGUCCUGGAAGGUAUCGACACGUUGAUCAUAUACCACGCUUUUAAUUUAACAACAUAUGAAUGUGUUGUAAGACAACUUUUUCUCGAAAAAGGAUGGACAACCAGACAGUCCUGGCUGUCCAGUCUCUGUUGGAUGGCCAGGGAGGUGUCCCUGACCCAAACAACCAGAACAUCUCAGGCUCAUCUACCAUUCAGGCAAUGGAUGAUGAAGAUGUCUUUCUUUGUGGGAAGUGCAAGAAACAGUUCAACUCAUUGCCUGCCUUUAUGACCCACAAGCGAGAGCAGUGCCAGUCCAAUGCCCCUUCCCUGUCUACAGUAUCACUGGCAUCUAGUAACGCCUACACCCCUGUGCCCUCCAUUACCUCUGUGCCACAGACCCCCAACAGACAGGUAUCCACAUACACCACAGUGCCUCCAUCUCCUCUUACUCACACACUGGUCCAAGGCAAUGUUUUAGUGAGCGACGAUGUUCUGAUGUCUGCCAUCUCCGCCUUCACAUCCAUUGACCAACCCAUGGCAGCAAUGCAGCCACCUAUUCAGAGCAACCUGAGUAUGCACACAGGUGCAGCCUACCUUCAGCACCAUCAGCAGUCCUCCCACUCUCUCCCACCCGGACAGUCUCAGCCUCUGUCUUCCCAGGUGCCACCCAGUAUCAGCAACUCAGUGGUCCAGGUCUACAGCACAAUGCCUCAAAUGUCUGGGAGUGGUAAUGCAGAGAUUCACACCUUGGGCUUGCAGCUGUUCCAAUCUGUACAGGUCCCGAGUCAGUGUGUGGAGAGCCAGUCAUUCAACACUCCUCCAAUAUACAGCCCUGGGAAGCAAGGCACCAAGACCAAAACCUGCAGCAUCACUGGAAACCUAACUGGGCUUGAGGAGUUUGACAAAGUGAUCAUUCCUAAACGACCCAAAAAUGGAAAGAAAGGCCAGGAUGGAGCAGUGGCAGAACAAAUGAAAGGAAAGUCCCAGAAGCUGAAGUGCAAUUUCUGUGACAAAGUCUUCUCCAAAAACUUUGAUCUCCAGCAACAUAUCAGAAGUCAUACAGGGGAGAAGCCUUUCCAGUGCAUCGUAUGUGGCCGGGCCUUUGCCCAGAAGUCUAAUGUGAAGAAGCACAUGCAGACACACAAAGUGUGGCCCUCGGGCGUGGCCAGUACAGUGUCCAGACUGCCCAUCACAGUUAAGGUGGUCCCACUGUGUGCAGAGGAGGUCAUGGAGCAACAGGAGGAACAGCAGCAUGAGGAGGAGGAGCAGCCAGAAGCCCCAGGUAAGCCUGAGGAGAGAGACUGUGACUCCCAGACUGAUGUAGACAGCCUGGUUGAUGGUGAAGGCAAGCACAAUGGCCAGCAGGCUCAGACCAAGCAGAUAAUCCUGAUCGACAGCUCUUACCAGUGCCAGUUCUGUGCUGGCAAGUUCAGCACCUACUUCCAGCUCAAAUCUCACAUGACCCAGCACAAAGGAGAGCAGGUAUAUAAGUGUGUGGUGAAGACCUGUUCCCAGACGUUCCAGAAGCUAGAUCUGUUCCUGGAGCACACCCGGAUGCACCAGGAGCAGCUCACCUACCGCUGCCACCUGUGUAGCAAGGUGUUCCCCUCGCUGUUUGAGCUGGGGGUGCACCAGUACUCCCACUGCUUCUGUCCCCAGCAGAACCCACGCAAGGAGACAACUUUCUAUAGGUGCAUGAAAUGCCAAAGCCGGUACUCUACGCAAGAGGCCUUGGAGCAGCAUUUGUUAACCGCCUCACAUAACUUCCCCUGCCCACAUUGCCAAAAGGUUUUUCCUUGUGAGAGGUAUUUCCGGCGGCACCUGCCCACACAUGGUAUCGGAGGAAGGUUCAAAUGUCAGAUAUGUACAAAGUUCUUCAAAACAGAGCACUACCUCAAACUGCACACUCGCAUCCACUCAGGAGAAAAGCCAUACCAAUGUUCUGUUUGUGAGGCCAUGUUCAACAGGAAGGACAAGGUGAAGAGGCACAUGCUCAUUCAUGAGCCCUUUAAGAAAUACAAAUGUCCAUUUAGGACACAUGUUGGCUGCAUUAAAGAGUUUAACAGACCAGACAAGCUGAAGGCACACAUACUGUCUCAUUCUGGUAUCAAGCCCUAUAAAUGUGGGUACUGCCAGAAAGCUUUCAGCAGAAGAGCCCACAUGCUUGAGCACCAACGCUCCCACACAAACAACUAUCGUUUCCGAUGUGCCACCUGCAAAAAGGGCUUCACCCGACAGAAGUAUUACAGUGACCACAAGUGCCCCAUGGCAGGGGCUGUGGUGGAGAAGGACAGGGCGGAGAAAAGAGUGACGAGGCAGGGACACGGAACAGAGGGGUCAAAGGGGAACGAGGAGUCAGAUAUGGAACAGAGCAGGGGAGAGGUGGAUGAAAAGGAGGGCGACGAGGAGGAUGAUGAUGAAGAGGAGAGGAUCGAGGACCCUCAGGCAGUCAGUUGUCCCAGUUGAGGAUCUGAGGCAGAGCUAGAGGAACACUUUGGAGACUGCUGAGUGAGACUGGCUGGUUACAGCAGAGCACCCAUGUUCAUAGAGACAGUGGAUUGAGGCCUGAGUUAGCCUAGGUCUGUUUAGCUAACAUUCCACACCAUGUCUCCUUGUCAAAUGCCAAAGUUUUGCAUGACAGGAGUAGAAUGAUAGCUAAACAGACUGGUGCCAAGACUAGGCCUGAGUUAUUCAAGCAGAAUCUUGAAAAGAUUGUCCUGAGACUACCUUUGCAUAUGGAAGGGAUUUGAAUCUCACUAUAUCCCUCCAAUUAAAUUAAAGGGGGUUUAUUUGUUUUAUAUUAAAACAUUGAAGCUUGGCA